AUGCUGCCGUUGCUGCUGCAGUUGUUGCUGGUGCUACUGCAGCAGCAGCAGCAGCAGCAGCAGCAGCAGCAGCAGCAGCAGCAGGUGCUGACCGUUGCUUCUGGCAGGCGCAUGAUAUCAUCAACUAGCUGUGAGACUCUGUGUCUGGUUGCUGCUUCAUUGAGCAGCAGCAGCAACAGCAGCAGCAGCAACAGCAGCAGCAGCAAAAGCAGCACUGUUAGCAACAGCUGGAACAGCAGGAACAGCAGCAGCAGCAGGAACAGCAGCAGCAGCAGCCUGGUGCUGCUGGUAAUGCAGCAGCACCGGGAACAGCAGCUACAGCAGCACGAGCAGCAGCAGCAGCACCAGCAGCAGCAGCAGCACCAGCACCAGCAGCAGCAGCAGCACCAGCACCAGCACCAGCACCAGCAGCAGCAGCAGCAGCAGCAGCAGCAGCAGCAGCAGGACCUGUAUGUUUUGUGA